AUCAUCAUCUCUCUCGCUAGACACUACAGAAGUUUAAACAUUUAAAAUUUCUUCAGUCACUAAGCGAAGCUCAGAGAAACCGGAGAUCUGACCCAAGCAAUGGAUGGGCAAGGCUCAGAUGAUUCCAAGCAAGGCACUGCUGACAUGACAGCCUUUGUGCAAAACCUUCUUCAACAAAUGCAAUCCAGGUUUCAAACAAUGUCUGAGUCCAUUAUCACAAAGAAUAUCCUUUACCUAUGAGCUGUAACUUUUUCUUAGCCAUUGAUCUUUAAUUUCUUCACAACAUGCCUUUUUUUUUUAAGAUACAAAUAUGGUUAAAGAUAACAGUGGUUAAAAUGUUCUCCCAUAGUUUGUUUGAUAGCAAGGCUUAUUUAUUGUUCUAGCACCAACUCUGUUAUUUCUAGCAAAUGAACUGAAGAUGUAAUUGAUUGAUGCUGGUAGGCUUUCAUACUUCAUGUGAAUUAUCUUUUUAUCAAUUGCUUCUGCCCCAUAAGGACUUUCAGUGGGAAAAUAAUUUAGAAUAUAUUUCUCAUCAUUUGUUUAGUUACUGAAUUUUAGAAUUUUGGAACUUUAUGUUUGCUGUAUGAUAGCCUGAUUUUCAGUGUGAUGUAAUUACAUCUUUCAGCACUGAAAGAUUUACAAUUUCAAUCUGUUUCAUCUUGUUUCCUUAACUUCAAUGCACUUGAUGACAUGGGAACCCGCAUAAAUGAGCUAGAGCAGAGCAUCAAUGACCUAAAAGCAGAGAUGGGAAUGGAUGGCUCUCCAUCUCCUUUAGCCCCAUCAAAACAAAGCCCAACUGAAGCAAAUCAAGAAGAAGGCUCAGCAUAAAGCCCAGCCAAAGAGCAUUUUUAGGAGUAGAUGAUGAUUGCUGUCUUGAAAAAUCAAAACUUAUGAUAUCGUGCGUGUCUUUUCUUUUCCCAUUUGGUUGAUGUACCAUCUAUUUGAACUUUCUUGUUCUCUCUACUGGAGACGAACAAUUUUAUACUUUCAAUACCUGUUAUUGAGAUGCCUGUUUAGGAAGUUAUGACAUAUCAUAGGUUGAAUUCACAAAUAUGAGUUGAUAAGUCAUGGCCUUGUGGUUUGUUUCUAGAUUUCGUUCAUGUUUAUGGUGUUUUGCUGGCAUUUUGUGACUAUUGAACAUUUUGUUGUUGUUAUUAUACUUGGAUAAGCAACUAUAAACAGAAUGAACUCCU